AUGCGCCCAGUGCCUGCAGCAGCAUUGCAGCUGAUGAAACGCGCUCACGUCGCGACGAACGUAGCCUUCGUGACGAAACGGGAAAAGGAAGAGAUAUCCGUCCCUUCUCAUUAUGGAAGUGAUGGGGAGCAAUCGACGAGUACAGCUUUCAAGAAUAUUUUCAAGAAGUUCAAACGACGCGUUCCACCGCCGGAUUUCUCCGAUGUUGUCGAUCCAACGUUAGCCAACGCUUUGAAAGGCAUCGCCGUGGAACGUCUAGGCACGAAGGAUUUCCAAGUUAGCGCCGAUGACGCCGAGCUUCUGGGCCUGAAACCCAUUGAGGAAUGGCGUAUCACGACGAUUAAAGGGCGCGAAGGCCUCUACAUAUUACCGUCUAUAAUUCGGGAAGAGGCUCACCUCAAAUGGCUGCAACGAUGCUUCCAAUACGCAGAAACACCCAAUAUCACAAAUCUGACGGCGCAUGACAAUACUCCAAAAACCGACUUUCUACGGAGCGCCGCCAAAAGCUUACGCUGGACGACGCUGGGAGUUGAUUAUAAUUGGACGACGAAGGAAUAUCCGCUUGAAGGAAGGCCUUUGCCGAUCGAAUUAAAGAGAUUAGCUACGAUAGUAUGCGAUGCAAUCGGCGUCGGCAAGAUGGAAGCUGAUGCGGCGAUCGUCAACUAUUAUCCACCAAAAUCUACAUUAUCGCCUCAUCAGGAUAGAUCCGAGCGAGACCUAACACGCGCCCUCGUCUCCGUCAGCUUUGGCCAAUCGGCCGUCUACCUAACCGGCGGCACAUCUCUCGACGACCCGAUCCUCCCCAUAUGGCUCCAUUCUGGAGAUGUUCUUGUGAUGCAUGCCGAUCAACGCCUCGUCUACCACGCCGUCCCCUGCAUCGUGUCCACGCGAAAAUUUGACGGCGCCACAAAUAAGGGGAAGGCAGAAGAGAACGUAGAAGAAGACAAAGAGCUGCUGGACUACGCAAACACCAGUCGGGUCAAUAUCACAAUAAGACAAGUCAACGAG